GCCAGGAUAAAACAGCAAUAGCCAAAAAUACCCCGGAGAAAAGAGAGUUAUUUGAUGACGAAAUGGGGCACAUAAACAUUGACUAAAACAAAUGAUAUCUGAUGACAUCAAAAAAUCAAAAUUAACUUUACAGCGCUAUUACACAAUUUAUAGUUCACACAUAAACCAACUGAAACGUGUGUCAUAAAUUGAUAAUGGAUGUAUAUGCCGAUUAAAACAAACCCCAUGACAUUUAGCAUCACACGCCUGAUGUCAAUAAGCAUUGUAUAUGGUGUAAAAACUCACUAAUUACAUAUUCCUAUUAAAAACGUUUUUGACACAUAGUCAAUUGUUUAAAUCAUAAAAUGCCAAUUGCUUCACCUUUUUAUCAGAGAGCUCACUCCUGAGUCCAGAACUGUUGAACAAACAUGUAAAUAUUAAUUCUGGCGUGAUCUCCGAACGUACGAGCCCUUAAAGGUCUCGGGGACCACGUGACCCGACGGAAGCAACAAUGACGCCUUUUACGAGAGCAGUCUUUUUGACUGUAACUUUGGCGAUUUUGUGUGAAGUUAGUGGAAGUAAAGAAGUGUCGAAGAGACAAUCCGAAAAUGGGGUAGAAUUUGAUCCAUCAUCCCCGGAGUUUUUAGCAGAAGUCAAGAAAUGUAAAAAGGUGAUCAACGAGUUCCUGAAAGAGAGAUGUUUAAAUUUAACAUUCUCUGUGGCAUAUGGUCAGGCAACAAGGGAUACUCUUGCUAAAGUAUUCGAUGACACAAAGAGGUUCAUCGAUAGCAAAAUAGAGACAGUGGGUGAUCAAAGAAUUCAAAGCGCUGCUGGAGUUGAGCUUUGUGACGAGUGGCUAGCCGACCCUAAGAACGACAAGCCUGUAAGGCCUACAGGGUUGGAACCCUGCCCAUGUACGAUAGUGCAAGCGAAGAAAGAUCCUAGAUUUCGCAGGGACCCCUUCUGUUGGAAUAAUGAGACGUUUGUUGCACCCAGAUGCAAGAACAUCCAGCCCGGCGCGGUUCAUUGUGUGUUGCAACGCAGACCCAGUUUUGCAACUGGGGCUGGUCAGAAAUGUUGUUAUGACAAAGAUGGGGAGCUGUACCAGGGGCCAAUAGGAGGAGGGCAUAGGGUAAAAGCUCAUUUAGACGGAUACGGCAAUUUGCCUUACUAUGCCGUUUUAGUAAGCUACUAUAAGCUUGAUGUUCUCCCGUGGUUGUAUUGCUGUAAAUGGGCCCAACAUAACGACCCGUCUAAGUGUGAAGCAUAUUACGAACGACGCCCGUCAGAUGACUGUACUGGGUAUAAUGGUACAAUUCCCGAACCACCCGAAGGAGGUUGGCAACCAGGUUCCUACUGGGCAGGGGUUUGGGGUGAUCCACAUCUGCUUUUUGAUGUUGGACCAAAGGACAAUAAAUUCAGCAUUUGCUUUGAAUGGUUCGGGGAUGCUGGUGAGAUAUAUCAAUACUACACCGAAACGAGCACCGGAACCCAAGUGAACGCUAAGUUCGCCGGAGCCCCGUGGAUGGAACAGAAACAUUCGGGAAAUGCCGAACUUUUCGUUUCGGGAGGUUCCGGAAAAAUUGUUGGAGAGUUGGCUAUUGUGACAAAGGAAGUUACUUUUCAUAUUUUCCCCACGUACAUCGUUAUUGACGGGAUGAGACGGAUUUCUCCUUGGCAGACAUUAUAUCAUCAAUGGGGUUCGCCUGAAGACACACAAGUCACGUUGAAUAUGGUAGACAGAACCAGGAUGGAAGUUGAAAUUCAAAAGGGUUCCGCUAUUAUUAGAAUCAUGGUAGUGAGAUCCGGUAAACAUAUCGAUUUCUCGUGUGAGAAUGAAAAUGAGAUGCCUGGUACAGAGGGGGGACUUAUGGGCUCCAUUGUUAAAUCCGUUGAGGGCGUCAUUCCGCAACCAAGCAACCCAGAGUACGGUAACCUAGUCGUAGGAGAAGAGAAGACGCACGUACGCGCUCGAUUGAUCGAGGAGCAUGGCAGACAAUGCUGGCACGUACCCUAUGGUGGCCGAGAUCUCUUGGCCGCUGAGCACGUCAAACGAUUCCUCCUGAGCUGUAUUUUCUGUGAUAAAUAACAAGACAAAACUUUACAAUGAUUUAGUUCUCUCACAAUGACUGCCUUGAUAAGUACUCAACAUCUUACAACGAAAAAUGCGACUCUUCAAUAUAAACAAUGAUUUAGGAUAUUCAAUUUUUUAUUUGAUUAAUGACAUUAAUUUUAGGGAGCUGGUGGAAGCGAGCUUAGUUUGCAAUGAAUUUAUGCACCCAAAUUCGUUGUCGAUUUUGCUUGCUUUUCAAAUCCUUCGAGUAGAAUGACGAUAGAAAGACACAAUUAUUAUAAUUUAUGUAUCUGACCUUUAGGUCCACUUACAAGCAAUAAAUUAACGUAUCAAUAAAA